AUGUCUGACAAGGGUUACACCUACAAAAGCCACGGCAUCAAUAACGAUGGCAACCACUACUGCGCCAGGGAUUAUGGCAACAACUCGAACUCGUACCACUACUCCAACAGGGACGGUUCCUACUACUACUCCAAUUCCAACGGCAGCACCUACUACAACAAUGGCAGCGGUGGCUCGACUUACACCGCUCCCAGCGGCACCAAGUACUCGUCCGGUUAUGGCUCGGGUUCGUCGUCGGGUAGCUCGAGCAGCAGCGGUAGCAAGUGA